CAAAGCUGGGUGCUCCGGGCCCCUCCCCCAGACACCCCCCCCCGCCCUCAGGUGGGACCCAGGCGUCCGGCACAGGCCAAGCACCCAGCAGGGAGGGUCAUGACCUCCCCAGAGGGGGGCGCUGCCCCCCGCCCGGCCCAGCCCCUCACGGACCUGGAUUUCCACUCGGGGGCCCGGAUCGCCGAACUCAACCAGCUGGUGCAGGAGCUGAGCAAGCGGACGGCGCGGGACCCAGGCGUCCGGGCCACCCAGGAGCUGGUGGUUCUCAAGGACUUUGUCUUCUCCCUGCUGGAGCCGCAGCUGAAAGGCAUCGUGACCAAGCUGCUCUGCAGACACGGGUUCUACCUCCGGCUGCACCCGGACGGGAGCAUCGACGGGACGAAAGAAGACGCCAACAGCUUCACUCUCUUUAACCUGAUCCCCGUGGGCCUGCGCGUGGUCGCCAUCCAGGGUACCAAGUCGGGGCAGUAUAUCGCCAUGAACGCAGAGGGCUACCUCUAUACCUCCGCUCACUUCACCGCCGAGUGCCGGUUCAAGGAGUGCGUCUUCGAGAACUACUACGUCACGUACUCCUCCACCCUGUACCGCCAGCGCGAAUCCGGCCGCUCCUGGUACCUGGGCAUCAACAAGGAAGGGCAGCCCAUGAAGGGAAACCGAGUCAAGAAGACCAAAGCCGCCGCCCACUUCCUGCCCAAGCUAUUGGAAGUGGCCAUGUACCGCGAGCCGUCGCUCCAUAACGUGGUGGACCCCUCGGCGCCCCAGAAAUCAGACGAGGCCGGGGCCCCCAGCAAAGAGACAGCCAAGCCCCGCAAGGCGACGUAACCCCGAGGGCGGGGAGGGGCGUCGGCGCCGCUCCAGCAGCGCCCCUCCCUCGCACGGUCCCGCUCUGCCCCCUUCUGCUCAGGACGCCUGCCUACCUACAUUCAACCUCUGGACCUCAGAAAAAAAAAUGCCAUCGAGGGUGUAAUACCCUUUGCCACCACUGGGAGGGCGACAUUUGCCCUGCUGGAGAAAUAAUUUGGGGUGUGUGUGUAUAUAUCUAUAUCUAUACGGUCUUCCAUGCCAGCUGAGGGCAUGAUUCCUUGUUGCGCCAACAAGGAAUUGACAUUGGGAAAGGUUCUGAUCUAUGCCAGCUUCCUUUGCAGCAAUAAGGGCGCAAUGCCUUUUCCCGCCAGCGGAGGGCGACGUUGGGAAAGCGUCUGAUUGCCGCAAUAAGGGCGCGAUGCCUUUUCCCGCCAGAGGAGGGCGACAUUGGGAAAGCGUCUGAUUGCCGCAAGAAGGGCGCGAUGCCUUUUCCCGCCAGCGGAGGGCGACAUUGGGAAAGCGUCUGAUUGCCGCAAGAAGGGCGCGAUGCCUUUUCCCGCCAGCGGAGGGCGACAUUGGGGAAAAGUCUGAUUGCCGCAAGAAGAGCGUGAUGCUUUUUCCCACCAGCGAAGGGCGACAUUGGGAAAGCGUCUGAUUGCCGCAAUAAGGGCGCGAUGCCUUUUCCCGCCAGCGGAGGGCGACGUUGGGAAAGCGUCUGAUUGCCGCAAUAAGGGCACGAUGCCUUUUCCCGCCAGCGGAGGGCGACGUUGGGAAAGCGUCUGAUUGCCGCAAGAAGGGCGCGAUGCCUUUUCCCGCCAGCGGAGGGCGACAUUGGGGAAAAGUCUGAUUGCCGCAAGAAGAGCGUGAUGCUUUUUCCCACCAGCGGAGGGCGACAUUGGGAAAGCGUCUGAUUGCCGCAAUAAGGGCGCGAUGCCUUUUCCCACCAGCGGAGGGCGACGUUGGGAAAGCGUCUGAUUGCCACAAUAAGGGCGCGAUGCUUUUUCCCGCCAGCGGAGGGCGACGUUGGGACAGCGUCUGAUUGCCGCAAGAAGAGCGCGAUGCUUUUUCCCACCAGCGGAGGGCGACAUUGGGACAGCGUCUGAUUGCCGCAAGAAGAGCGCGAUGCUUUUUCCCGCCAGCGGAGGGCGACGUUGGGAAAGCCUGUUCGAAACAUCCCCUUCCAUGGCCCAGCGGACGAUAACGCUUUUCGACCGCUGGGGCGCAGCGGGAAAGGAUGUUCUGGGCGAGACCUUCCCUUUGCAAUAAUAAUAAUAAUAAUAAUAAAAUUGGGUCUCCUGCCCUCUUCCGGCGAAGGGCGGAGACAUUGGGCCGUCGCCCCCUGGCGUGAGACCACCGAGUGGCGACACGGUCACGUUGGGAGGGACUAUUACCGACGCCAUUUUCCCUUGCAAUAAAAAGACAGCGUCUUCCUCUUUCCCGCCAGCAGGGGGUGACAUUGUCACACUGGGGAGGGGACAGAUGGUUCUUGUUGAUACCGUUUCUUCCCACUAGGUGUCAACCCGGUCGCAGCAGGAGAGAGGGUCCUGGACGUCACCGGGGUGUGGUACCUUCUUUGACCACCAGGGGGUGACAUUGUCACAAGGGGGGAUUCCGGAUUUCUUCGCCCUUUCCAUGGAAAUGAGAAGCCAAUCCGGGGGGGGGGGAAAACGAGGGGCGACUGGGAACUCUGCCCCCCUUUUCCCGCCGGCCCCAACAUGCCAAAUACUGUAGGACGCAGCCCUGCAACA